AUAUGCGCUGCAUCAGCGAUCACGUUUAGAAUUUUCUGGGCUGAUGUACGAAGUCCUUAAGAAUUGUCCUGGUCUUCUUGGUUACACGAUGAAUGUUUUUUGGUCUGGACAGGCGGCGUUGAUGGACCUUCGUGGUGGUACCCCUCGUCUAAUGCAGUGGAGUGGUACCCAUCCCUUGUUGCGGAGUUAUGUACCGACGGAACUCUUUUCCGAGCUUCCACAACGUAAUUAUCUUCUGCACAAUUUGCCAGAGGCACGUCUGCGACUUGUGGAAUUGCUCCAACGACAGUUAAGCAGCCCAACAGGGUAUCUGACGACAGGGGUAGACACCACCGUGCAGGAUGAGCGGGAUGGUUUUGUGGUUCCUUACAAUCAUACCACGUGUCAGGUGCAUCCAUUUGCGCUCUUUACGAUAUUUACCCAUCAAGACAUGUUAGAAUCCCCACGUGAGACGAUGGUGGUGCGUGCAUGGGGUGAAGUAUGGGCGGAAUAUUGUGCUGUCGUAAACUCCAUGGGGACAACCAAUGAACGUAAACGUGAUGCACUGCGUGUAAUUCUUCAUGGAGCAUUAUUACUUCGUGUCGUGGCGGUGUCCGGAGCACAGAUGGAUCUGAAUAUGAAGAUACCGCCCUAUGGAUUUCCACUACUUGCGUCACCGACACGUGUGAAGCAGAAGGGAGGGGCCGAGCCGAUCGUUAUGAAGGCCACUCCCGACACAGUGCGCAAGGCGAUGGGGGCAUACAAGAAUUUCUUUUCACAAACGGAACAGACACAUAUUCCUUUCCGCCCAAGUGUCGGGAUUAACGGUGGAUGUGACGUUGUGUGUAUUGCAGGGACGACAUUGGCGCUGUAUGAUCUUGUGACAACACCCGAAGCACUACAAGAGAUCAGUUAUCGAUUUGCUGAGGCGCUUCUUGGGGUUUUGCACUGCCUGGGGAAGAAUGUUUUGCCACAAAAUAAAAUUCGUCAAAUUCAUUACGUCAGUGUGGUUUCAAUUGACCAGACUAUGACGAUGUUGUCACACAGUAGUAAACUCUCCCUGACGGGGGGCACCGCACCGCCUAUGGCCACAGACGAUGUGUUUGCUGCACCACCCACACCUGUUGUGCCUUACCUUUUGGACCUGAGUGCCGUCUUUGAGGAUGACGUUAUUGACCGACUGCGUGCAUUGCAGGAGACGCUUGGCAUUAG